GGCGGGGAUAAACCGACCCCUCCAUCUUCAGAUCGGCAACCCUUGCAGAAGCUAAAGCUCCGCCCGACUCCACUCUCUCCCAUUGCGGGAGAAGUGAAGAGCAUGGCUCCUCCACCUCCUCCGUCCUGGGUUGAUUUCGUGGUCAGUGUGAUCGAGAAGCUCAAGGUCUUGUGCUACGAACUCUCCAAUGAGGAUCAACAUCGCGUUUUCUACUCCUCCUUCAGAGCGGAGCUCCUUCUCGUUCAAGAAUGGCUCGAAUCUCAACCUCGCCCGCUCGAUGCGCAGACCACAGUCCGUCUCUCCAAAGUCCUCACGAAUCUCGAGAGACUAAGCAAGUGGCCGUCGAACUCGAAGCAAAAUAAGUUCACACGCCUCGCCGCAAAGUUGAAAACCUCGAGCCCGUAUCCCGGCCUUUCCCAACUCCUCAAAAGUCCAGCGCGAGCUAAACAAUGUUUGCGAGAGUUUGCCACCCGCGAGCCCCAGGCCCGACAACAAGCAUUCCUUCGCACACUUAAAAGGUGCUCAAAUCGGGGCAGGUCUUGGUCGGUUGAGGAAACUACUGUCAUGUCGGUGAAACCACUGCCCACACAAGACAUGGACACGAUGGAUUACACAUACCAUGCGCAAAGUUUGUAUGGGGCAAUUUCAAAACAUGGAGUGUGCCCCUCUGCCGAUGCUUCUGGUAGCACUUUCAUCUUACCGCAUCUACGUUUGAGUGCUUGUCGCGAUUCGACCGCCAAGGAUGUCACUUUCAAUAUUUUCUUUCUUGGCCACCCACAUAGCUCGGCUGCCGAAAGGAUUUGCCAAUGGCAAGCUACCCGUAUUAGCGUCAUGAGAAGUGUCUCGUUCUUGGACGAUCCCUUGCGCGAAUCAGACCAUAGUCCGUCCCGUAUUGUCGAGUCAGGCGGAUUUUGCGAUUUCAUAUCAAACCCACAAAACGUGGGUGUGGAGAUCUCCAUGAGUCUAACCGAUGGGAAACUGGUUCUCCGGGAGUUUUGUCUCCAACAAAGCUCGUUCCUACUACAUAUGCCCAGCGUAUCGCUCUCCCAACUUCUUGAAGGCCAGAAACUCUCACGCAAGAUGAGACUACUUCUGUGUUAUAUGUUGGCGAAGACGGUCUGGCAGUUCUACGAGUCAGAGUGGAUUGAUCGCGAAUGGACAAAAGACAAUAUACACUUCAUGUUUGAGCACAGGCAAGGUGUGUCUAGCGCCGGAAUUUUUGUCAACGAGCCAUUCCUUUCCGCUCGGUUUCAUCAGAAACCCGACGACGCCGAGGCCUCACGCCGACUUCACAUGUUUCCCAAGAUUUUGGCACUGGGAAUCAUACUUCUCGAGAUCGAGCUCGGCGUCGACAUAACCAAGGAGCGACCUCGAACCUGCUUCGCCACCGACGGGAAAUUGACCGUCAACGGCAAUCUAAUUGCUGCAUAUUUUUGGUUUCAAAAACAAGAGCUGUGGGACAAGCAAGAAACAUUCAAGGACCUCAUAGCUGCCGUGCAUCGCUGUCUCUGGCCCAGCCUGUUUGAGGGGAAAGAUACCAGUGCCCAGAGGGAAGUCCUCCACAAACAAAUCGUUUUACCAUUACAAGCUCAGUUUAGGAACUCGUGGGGGGACCCUGACGAAGUAGCUCUACGGCCUCUACAAUUCUCGCCUUCAAACUCAAAGCCAGCCAUCGACUCAUCUCGCCCGCCGCAUCAGUUGGUUGGCAUAUCAAGUUCCAACUGGCUCCAGACUCACCCUAUAGACACGUAUGUAUGAUACUGCAUUCCGAGCGCACAUUUGACUACUAAUAGGACAAAAGGUCUCAAAACCAGCCCGACCGCGGAU